CGGCGCCGCAGCGGAGGCAGUUUCCGCCCGGCUGCAGUCACGUGGCCGCUGCCGCCCGCCCCUAGCCCACCUUGGCCGCGCCGGGCUGGCUGCAGAGCCCUGGCCGGGACGUGGGUCCGCUUCGCGGUGGCUACGGGCGGGCUGACGCUGGGCGCGAUGCAGGCCCCGGCGGGCCGCGAGGAGGAGCCCGAAGACGGGGCGGACCGCACCCCGCUGCUGGGCGAGUCCCAGCCGGGCACAGUGCCUACGUGCUGCUCCGCUCGCUACAAUUUAGCAUUACUGGCCUUUUUUGGAUUCUUCCUGUUGUAUGCGUUACGUGUGAAUCUAAGUGUUGCUCUUGUAGACAUGGUAGAACCUAAUACAAGUUUAGCAAAGAAUACAACUUCCAAAGUGUGUCCAGAACAUUCUUCAGCCCUAAACAUACCUCGGAAUACAACGGGGAAAAAGUAUUCUUGGGAUGCGGAUACUCAAGGAUGGAUCCUUGGUUCCUUUUUCUACGGCUAUAUCAUUACUCAGAUUCCUGGUGGAUAUUUUGCACGUAAAAUAGGAGCGAAGCUGUUGCUGGGGUUUGGCAUCCUGGGUACCGCUGUCUUCACUCUGUUCACCCCCUUAGCGGCAGACUUGGGGGUUGGAUACCUCAUAGCAGUCAGAGUCUUGGAGGGGCUCGGAGAGGGUGUCACCUUUCCUGCUAUGCAUGCCAUGUGGUCGUCUUGGGCUCCACCACUGGAACGCAGCAAGCUCCUUAGCAUUUCAUAUGCAGGUGCACAGUUAGGAACAGUUGUGUCUCUUCCAUUGUCUGGCUUAAUUUGCUACUACGUGAACUGGAUUUAUGUAUUCUACAUAUUUGGUGCACUUGGAGUAUUCUGGUUCCUCUUCUGGAUCUGGUUGGUGAGUGAUACUCCAGAAACUCACAGAAGAAUCUCUCCCAUUGAAAGGGAAUAUAUUCUUUCUUCCCUCAAAGAUCAGCUUUCUACUCAGAAGUCUGUACCAUGGGAACCCAUGCUGAAAUCCCUUCCCCUCUGGGCUAUUGUAGUGGCACACUUUUCUUAUAACUGGACUUUCUACACUCUUCUCACACUAUUGCCUACGUACAUGAAGGAGAUCUUGCGGUUUGAUGCACAAGAGAAUGGAUUUUUAUCUGCACUGCCUUAUUUUGGGUGUUGGCUGUGUAUAAUCAUGUCUGGUCAAAUUGCUGAUUACUUAAGGGACAAACAGAACUUGUCCACUGUCUGCGUGCGCAAAACAUUUACCCUAAUAGGAAUGAUUGGACCUGCAGUAUUUUUAGUAGCAGCUGGAUUCAUUGGCUGUGACUACACAUUGGCUGUUGCAUUCCUAACCAUAUCAACAACACUAGGAGGCUUUUGUACAUCUGGUUUUGGCAUCAACCACCUGGACAUAGCACCGUCGUAUGCUGGGAUCCUGCUCGGAAUCACCAAUUCAUUUGCCACUAUCCCAGGAAUGGUGGGGCCAGUCAUUGCGAAAAGCCUGACUCAUCAUAAUACUGUGGGAGAGUGGCAGACUGUUUUCUAUAUUGCUGCUUCUAUUAACUUAUUUGGAGCAAUUUUCUUUGCAUUAUUUGGCAGUGGAGAAGUGCAGGACUGGGCAGUCAAUGGCCGCCACUUGCAUAGAAACUGAAGGAGUUAUUGAGAUAUCAAGGCUAUACUGAAUCACUGUACUAAAGUCAUGUGACCUGAAAAGUGCCUUUCCUAUUGAUGCCCAGAAAGCUACAAAAGCUUUUCAGUUUAACCAUUUUCUCUGUGUACUGUUUGUACUGGAAGUCACUUGACAGUGCAUGUAUGUUAUAUCUGUAACAAGAAACUACUUAGCUCUAGUAGAAUAGCCUCAUGCUAGGACUUCAUCAGAUACUUGAUCUAAAACCUAGAAUUUUAACUCACUGUGCUGGGCACCAUUAUCUGUCACCUCUUAAUAUUUUCUGAAUUAAAACGGGUAGGAAGAUGUCUAUCAUUGACAGGGCGCAGGGGAGAGAAGGGAUUGUGUGUGGUGUUGCGGGGAGGAGGAGGAAUGGUAUGUAAUAAGGAACCUUUUUUUAAUUUUUAUGAUGAAAUUGACAUGCUUCUACAAUUUUAAUGUCCAGGAACGUCCUGGUUUUCUAGAGGUUUUUAUUAUAUUUUAAUUUUUCUUUUUACCAAUAUUUUAAUUGGUGUUAUAGGGCUCUGUUCUACUACACACGUUUCCAAUAUGUAAAUGUUCCAUGUUCAAGAACAUGGCUUCACAAUUAAUACAGCGUAAUUACAGAGCAAAUUUACAACAAGCAGCUUACAUAUGAGACAGACAGAAGGAGUCCUUCCCCUCCCCCCGCCCCCUCUUCUCAGUGGGGUAAGAUAUUGACAUACCAUACGUUCAGUGUCCUAUGCAUCGACAAAGGAGUACGUUGCUAUGGUUUGAAUUCUAAGCAAUGUGAAGAUUGCACUAGAAACACAAUGGCUGAGUGUAUGUAUUAAAAUGAUUUUCAGUCUGACAACCUUUUUUUUUUUUCAUGACAAUAAGCAUUCAGAGCAAUGGAACUCUCAGAUUCUUCUGCUCAUGUUGUAAAUUUGCCAGUAGAAAUGUACUAAAAUGAGGCCAGUGCAGAGUGUAAGGAUAAUACUUUUUAGUUCUCUUCUACAGUUACUCUAGCCCUGUUCACAGGUUAAAAAUCAGUGAUAUUGGGAAAAGAACCAGUGCAACUUGAUUUUUGGAAGUUGCCCCAGGUGCUUGCUGUUGUGAGUCUGAGAGAAUUGUGCUGUUAGUACAGAAUUCACACUUGGAGCUUUCUUUUACUAUAAAUGUACACUUGGAUGCUACACACCCGAUUAAACCCAAUUGUGAGUGAAAAUUGUAGUCUAGAACAGUGGUUCCCAAACUUUAACAACCUGUGAACUCCUUUCACUAAAAUGUCAUCUCACGAACCCCCUCCUAAAAAUAAAUAUUCCCAGGGAUUUUCUCCUUUACCUGAGUAUAAAUUAUAAAAGCAGUGAUCUUGGAAAUAUAAAAUUUGUUUUUAUGACAUGUUUAUUACACACUAUUUAUUAUUCAUUACUAUUUAUCAUUACAGUAUUUUUACAUUAUGAAAAUGGCAACACUCUUCCAAAAUCUCACUUUCGUAGCUUGUAUCACUUGAAUAAGCCUGUUAUAAGACAAGGCUCUUGUGUUUCAUCAAGGAGUAUCAAAUGUGAAACAGCAUGAAGGUAUUUAAGAAGCCAACUCAGAGUUCCUCCUACACAAGCAUUCAGGUCUUGAGUCGUCCAGGAAAGCACCACACGUUACAACAAAGCUUAAACUUGUUCUUCAUAAUAAUUUUAAAAACAAUACUAGCUGCCUAUUUAAUUUUAAAAACAGCAAAAAAUAUCCACCUCCCUUUCCAUUUCUUAUAAGGAGUCUUGAAGUUUAAAUCUCCUCAGUAUGCUAGAUAUGCUUGCUUUAAUCUGCUUAGCUCUUGGAAGUCCAGGGGCUCCAGGCUGCUGGCCCGUGCUGCCCGGGAUCCCUAGUGACAGCUCUGUCCACCAUUAGGGAAUUUUUUCCUGAGAACCCCCUAUAACAUUUUGUGAACCCCAGGGGUUCACGAAACCCAGUUUGGGAACCACUGGUCUAGAAGGAAUGGGUGAUUGAAAAUCAGAGGGACUCAACUUAGAGUAUUCAUCAUGUAGAGCAGGUAAAAAUCCCCUUUCCAAAGAUUCCUGGAUAGGAGCAGGUUGGUGAAGGUCACUUUGCUUUGUUUUUUCCACCUACCAACACUACAAAGAGAAGCCUGGCACACCUGCCUACUGGUGCUCCAGGGGAGUCUGGCUGACUUCAUUUCUAGGAAAUGGCUACUGCCUCUUUUUACCAGCUUUAAGAACCUUUGUGUUUUCACCUGCAUUGAAGUGUCAUGUUGUCUUACUAUGGAAGUAUGUUAAAGCUGUGCUGUAUCAUCAAUUUGUUUCUACAAUAAAUGUUGCCAGAUUCAUAUGGAAUUAA